AAUUCGCUGUGGGGAACUCCGCUGAUGACAGUGGAACCCGCCCGUGGGUGAAUUCCCGAGGCUCCUGCCGCGCUUUAUAAGCAGGUGCAGGUGUGGCAGGGCUGGCAGGAGCAGCAGGCAGGCACUCGCUGGAGCAGCUGUGUGUGCAGAGGGAAUGAGUGGCUGCAGCAAGAGCAUGGUCCUGCUUUCCCUGCUGGGGCUCCUGGCGCUGCUCCUGUGGGGCACCUCGGAAGCACAUAGCAACCAGGACUGCUGCCUGUCCUACACCAAAGCGCGGCUGCCGCGGAAGGCUCUGAAGGGUUACACUGAGCAGCUCCCCAGUGAGGUCUGCGACAUCCCUGCCAUCAUCUUCCACACUGCCAGUGGGCGGAAUGCCUGUGUAAAUCCUAAUGAAAGCUGGGUGAAGAAACAUCUCCUUUUCCUUAGCCAGAAGCUCAGGAAGAUGUCAGUCUGAUGCAGUUUCCAGCAAGGAGUUAAACUCAAACAUGGCUGAAGAAGCACUGGGUUGAGGCUCCUGGCUGAGAUGGUUUGAACACUGCUGUGUGUUCACUCACCUCCAACUCUGGCUUCUUCGGAACUGAUGAACUUCUUGAGUUGAUUCAUAUUGCAUCACUGUUUUGCUUGAGUUAAGCAUGUUGUUAAAAUUUCUAUUUUUACUAAUAUGUGUAUGUUACUGCUAGGACAUGAGUGCUGUUUAGUAAGGUCUACCUUGAACUGUUGUACAGAGUGUGAAUUUUAUUAAGUUUAUUGUAUAUUGUUUUUGUUUUCUUCAGCAUAUGUAAAGCAGGUUAUUUAUUCUGUUUAUUUUGUUAUUGUCUUGUGCCAAAAUGUUUCCUUUAAGCUGUAGUUAGCAUUAUAAUACCUCUUGAAGUAUUAUUAAAUUAACUAUUGUUAAACAAAGUCUGUUUGUAGAAAAAAAAUGGUAACUGGAGAUUUAAAAAAAUUA